AUGUCGGUGGAGGUGGCCUGCAUACCUCUGGGGGACGUCCCCAUUCCCCAGGAUCCGUCUUCCCCAUCUGUCCACAGCGACGCCGGCGACGUCCCCCGCUCCUUCUUUCACUUCUAUCCCUCUCUCGAAAAUCCUCUGAACCUCCCUCUUCCCACUGCGACGAAACGCCCCAGAGACGAGGAUGAUGAGAUCGAGGGGUCAUGCAAGAGGCCACGGUCACCCUGCCCCGAUGGCAGCGAUCAGGGUAUCAAGGACCAGCGAGGAGAGUCUAGCAGCGCCGAAAGAGAACCUGAGAGCGAAGGUGACAAGAUGCAGAUCGAUUUGCUUGAAUACGCUCAAGAUCACGAGAUCAAGCUCAUGCAAAAGCUCUUCUCGAAGGCCGGUGGAAGCGUAGGUUCGCUUCGAGCGAGUCCGAGCUACACCUAUGGGCACGUCGAUUCAGCUUCUGACGAGAGCGGCGACGACAGCGAUGACUGCUCGGAACACUCUGCCGUCGCUCAAACCAGUCUUGCUCCAGCGGCCGGAGAACCGAUGCUUGUGGACGUUGAUGUGGAUGCUUUCGUGGACGAGAUGGAGUCUAUCCUCAGCGAGGAAGUAGACGAUGUCAUUGAGAUCUCGUCCGACGAGGACUCUUCCGACGAGGAGUCUGAAGAUGGACACGAAGAGGACUCGUUGGACCUCACCGUGAACAGGGCGAUCGACGCGGCCAUGUCGGCCGAGAAGUCCGACUCUCCUUCUCCUCGUUCUCGCUCCAAACUGGGGCCGUCUCCUCUCCGCAAAAGCGUCACCCAGGACUCACAGCAACCCGAGCGGUCUCGGAUAGAGAACAUGCCUUUCUUCAAGAACCGCCCUUUGCCAAGGAUCGCUCCCAUCGAACGCCUUCAUCGUACGGUCGACAACAUCACCCCGGGCCGUAUCGUCACGGACUACAUGUUCGUGAAGACGAUCUGUGAGGCGAUGAAGAAAGACCUUCGCGAGAAGUACAGGGACGCAGGGAAGCGCGCCAGAAACAGGCUGCGGCCUCUUUCGUCUCACAUCGACAACGACUGCCCUCCAACUUUGGACAGGCCUCUGUCUCGCUCCACCGGAACACGUGACAAGGGGCCUCUCUUACCCCCGCGCGGCGGGUUCGUUUAUUGGAACGACACUCUCCGUGCUCCUGUGAAUCCCUUCGGUCGGGAGUACAUCUGCGGGGCCCGUGCACUCGCCGAGGUCGUUCAUCAGGACUUCCUUAACAUCACACGCGACGUCGAGUUCACCGUGAUGGAUGUCCGCUCUUUUAAGCACCCCGACGGCAAACCCCGGAGGGUGGAAAAGCCCCGUGAACCUCAGAUCGAAGAUCACAUGGAUAUUGAUCAAGAUGUCCCAUUAUCCUACGAGCGUAGUAACGCGGUUCACGACACGAUAGCGCUCCCCUUAGACGACGCGCGGAUGGAUUUGUUGCCGCAUGAGAUCGCGAUUAUUGAGCUUAGCAAAGGUCACGACGACUCUCUUGUCAGACCUGCGAGCCCCAAGCUCCGGGAUUACGACUCAUUUGACGACGACAUGGACGACGACAACGAUGAAUACAAAGACGAGUUGAUAUCCGAAUCGGAGUGUUAUUCGAACCUCCCUUCAUCUGAAUACUCUGAAGACGACGCGGUUUCUGACGAGAACUCGACUUUCGGCGGCCGACUCGAACACAUCAUCCAACCACCAAGUCCUGCAGGACCUUCUCCGCUGCGGCAGUCUUGGACUCGAACUUUGAAGAUUCCUCGGAAGAUGGCGGUUGGGCGCAUCAACUUCCUGCGGGUCCAAGUAGGGUUGCGCAACCUCGUCCAGGCCAACGCCACGCUGUUGUCGUCAAGGUAUGUGGAAAUCUACACGGAUCCAGAUGCGAUGGACUUUUGGAGUGUGCACGCCGAUCUCGCCAUGGAAAUGAGGACCAACCCGAGGGAGUAUGGCGGGUACACGACAGCGGACUUGGCGAAGUUGGAAUACAUGUAG